CUGGAUGGUGCGAGAGACAGUUACUUCCCCUUAUUUCAGCAGUCGCUGUCGUCGAUCACAUCGUCACUUCGUCACUCGUCAGUACCAAUAACAAGAAUGGCUUCUUGCCAAUUUUUGGGUUUUAAUCGUUUCGUAUGAUUCAGCGAUUGUCAUUGGUGACACAUCUGCUGUUGUUCUGACUCUCCCUUGCAAGUCAAGAAAUGAAAUCCUUAUCAUUUAUGAGUUGUGGAGAGCAGUCCUGAGAGUUGAAUGUUGCCAUUGUCCUAACUCAACUAACUGUGUGAAAGUGAAACAUGGGGCGGUGCUGUGCUUGUUCGCUGAGUGCGGCACUGUUUGUGCGGACGUUUCACACUCUCAUAGUUGUUGGAGUUCCUGCAUCACUCGUCUACAGAGAGUCAUCUUUGCUGCACAAGUCCCUCAUUGAUGGACAACACGUCGUUUUGGGCGUGGCCUACGUGGCGAUGGUGCUGUGGUCCCUGGCCAUGUACUACGUCACCUGCUUCACCGACCCUGGCUACAUCCUCAUCAACAGGAGUAAGAAAGAGAGGAAAACAAAGAUGAUCAAGCCGAUGGCGAACAGCGAUGAUGACGAUGAGGAGGAGGGGGGCAUGGAGGGAGAGGAAGGAGAGGAGAGUGGGGAGGAAAGUGGUCACAUGAUGCCCAUGCAGAACAAGGCGGGCUUCAAGUACCGAGUCUGUGACUACUGCGAGAUCAUGCAACCAAUGAGGGCCAAGCACUGCGAGGACUGCAACAAGUGCGUGCACAAGUUUGACCACCACUGCCCCUGGCUGGAGGCGUGUAUCGGGGAGCGUAACCACCGCUACUUCUGGCUCUUCCUGCUGUCCACGCUGGUGCUCAUCUUGUGUACCGCGGUCCUCACCUGGGCCUCACCACAUGGGAAGCCGCGUCAAGGGAGAGAAUCACGUACCUCAAGUACCUGGACGAGGAUUAUAACCCCUUCAACGAGGGCGUGUGCAGAAACCUGCGGCAGUUCCUGUGUGUGUGCAGACUGCGCCGCUGGGAAAAAGUCUAUGCCCGGAAAGCCAAAGGGAUUAAUGGAGUGGUAUGAUGAGGUGUGUGUGUGUGUGUUUGCUUGUGUGAGUGUGUGUGUGUGUGUGGGAGUGUGUGUGUGUGUGACUUCUGUAAGUGUGCGAGAGUGAAGGGACGGUUGUGAAAGCCAAAGCGUAGUCGGUGAGUAUGUGUUCACAGACAGAUGUGGUUUAGAGCCGGUUGUCUGCCAAACGGUUUUAGAACAUAUGAUGUUCCACUCUUUUGACCCAUACGUUUAAGUAAGGCUGAAAAUAUACUGCCACGUACUACUGAAGUGCGCCGCGAAACGGACGAGCAGCUAGGUCAAAAAUGGUGAUCCCAUAGGUCAGCGGGACUCUUGUCUGACUGUAAAAUGUGGGUGGUUUGCGGGUGCUCUGGUGUGGUUUGCUCCUUCUUUCCUAUCAAACAUCUAUCAUCCUUAUCUCC